AUGGAUGAACGGGGUUUGAUGCGUCAAAACAGCCGGAUUGCAGCGGCGAAGGAUAUUCAUCACAGCGUGCGCUUUCCAGUAAUCGUGCCAAGAAAGCAUCGGUGCACGGAACUUCUGGUCGCACGCUAUCAUCGGCUCUACCGUCAUGCAAACUCCGAAACGGUAGUGAACGAAGUCCGCCAGCUGUUCAUCAUACCGAAACUGCGAUCGGUGGUAAAGCAGAUCGGACGAAGCUGCCAAUUCUGCAAAAUUCGUAAGGCACUUCCGACUAUUCCUCCGAUGGCAUCACUGCCACCAGCACGGUUGGCCAUACACGACCGUCCAUUCAGUUACGUAGGAGUGGACUACUUCGGCCCAUUGUUAGUCAAGCAGGGCCGCUCGAAUCUUCGUGAGCAGAUCGACGAAGGAGUAACAGCAACGUUCACCAGUGCCAACACGAAGUGGACCUUCAUUCCGCCAAGCACUCCGCACAUGGGCGGUGCAUGGGAGCGACUCGUCCGUUCAGUGAAGGCGGCGAUAGGGGAUGCGUAUCGCGAAGGAAAACUCAACGAUGAAGAGCUGCAGACCGUGAUCGUGGAGGCAGAGGGCAUUCGGCAGCUCAACCGAUUCUGGCAACGCUGGCUGAAGGAGUACUUGCCGGUGAUGAGGAGGCAGACCAAGUGGUACGAUGAAGUCCGGUGCGUGCAAGAUGGAGACUUGGUGUUGAUAGCGGAUGAGGGCCAGCGGAAUGGCUGGACUCGCGCGGGAUCGUGA